UAUUUAAAUGACAUAACCCUGGUGUUAGACUAUCGGUUGCGUAUUUCAGAUGCGGUAAUUAAGGCAGGGGUGGAAAAUUCCAGUCCUCAAGGGCCAUUCCCCUUGUCAGGUUUUAGAGGCUAUCAAUUAAAUAAUUGAUUUUAACGGUAUGAUUGUAACACAUAUCUGGGGUGGAGUAGCCCUCGCUGUGCACAACUGGAUUAGAGAAUGUGCUGCAGGGUCAGAAACUUACACUAGCCCUGCACCCAGGCCUGGAUUUCAGAAGUACCCUUAUUUAGAGAGAUUAUUGAAGUUAUGAGGUGCUAGCAAUCGGGUCCCUGAUAGAGCUGCACUGCUCUGAUUGUGCUUCUCAUCACAGCAUGAAUAAGUCUUACCACAGUCUGUGGGUUUACUUUAGGAGUUAUGUGUGCAGCUGUAGCAGAGGAACAUAUUACUGAACAAGGGUCUAAUUGCAUUGUAUUUAUUUGAGGGUAGUUCAGAACCCAUGACUGGGUGCAGGACUAGUGUGAGUUUUUAGCGAGUCAAGGUGUGAUAAAAUAUUUUUAAACCUACAUUGCAUUCUGGUAUCUGUAUUUCUGUCAGAAGGGAGAUGUACUGUUUAAGGUGACCGAACGCAUUGAGAGUUGUAAAAUAAUAAUACAACUGUCCCAAAAGUCAAAAUGAAUACAUAAAUACAAUUUCACGCGGUGCAAUAAAGACUAUCAUUUUGGAUAUUUUCAAAACUUUUCUGGGGGGGGCAAAAAACAAAGUUACAAAACUAUUCGAUUCUAGGAAUUUGACAAGGUUUUAAGUUGUUUCUUACUAUUUUAUUAAAUAUUGUAUAAUCAUAAUAGAAAAAAAAUAAUUGGUUAACAAUAAAUGUUUUAUUGUUUGUUGGCAAUCGAAUGCUUGUACUUUUUACUGUCACAUUAUAUAAGAAAAGUAAUUGGAUUCUUUGAGUAAUUAACUUUUACAGAAAGGUAACCCCAAAAAUAUAGCAAUAAGUAAAUAAAAAUUGACUUAAGGACUGAAAGUUGUGUUUUUUCAUGGGGUUUGGUUUUUCUAACUUGGUGUCUAAUGGAACCCUGAAGGCCUGUUGCUGGGAGAGAGUGUUUGUUUACUGUGGCCAUGGCAACAGAAUUUUACACUUGGAGAAAACAGCCUGCUACUCGGGUCACUUUUCUGGAGAAGGUGGGGCAAGUUUGUAGCCGUCAGCCAUUCAAAGCUGAACGGUGAUCCUCUCCUGGUCAGACAUGGCCGGAGCCCAGAGUGAUCCCAAGAAGUGGUCAAUGCCUGGCUGGAGAAUAGAGGAGAAAUAUUCCAACAAGGUUCUUAUUGGGAACUGGGUAGAGGAGAGACUACAGUUCACCAGAAAAGGCCAGACAGGCAAAACCACCAACCAGCUUGACUAUCAGCCUUGCAGUGAGACCACGAGGGAUGUGGUGGUGCGGACAGCCGCGCACAAGAGAGAUGAGGGUCUCCCCAGCAGGGUACUUCUCGCACACCACAACACCCCUAACUCCGAUCACCUGGUCUCCUUGUAUGACGAGGUUUAUUGCCGACAGGGGAAAAACCCAGCCCUGCCCCCUCUUCGAUCCUGGAAGUACGACAGCCUAGCCUGGCUACCUGAGCGCAGCGACCACCCAUUAAAGGGUCCUGCUACAAAUUUCGGGCUCCUUCAGUCCCGGGUCGCAGUGUGGAAGAGACAGCUGGCUCCCACUGAACAGGAGAGUCUUUACAGGGUGUCCUACACCCAGCACCCUAGCUCGGCCUUCUCCCUUCGCCACUGUCGGCUGUUCUCCAGCCACCUGCACACCCCCAAUAGCGUGAACAAGGACCUGCAUCUCAGGAACCAGCCCUGCCGUCUGGUGCCUGAAUACCCUAACACAGCCCGCUGUGCACCCUCACCCCAGCUCACAGCAUAGAAACCCAGCCAGGGCUUUUUCUGUUUUUAAAAUGCUUUUUUAUUCAGUAAAGUAACAGGUGCUGAAAUGUAUUAGGCCUGGUAAACAUACUAGUGCUGUACUACUACGAGAAAGAGGAGCAAUUUUCAGUAAAAGUUUACCAAGGCAAAUUAGUUUUUCCGAAUGCAUGCACUAUGCAUGUAUAGUACCUCUAUUUUCUAGGCUCAUUUAAAGGGUAAUUCAAAUUCCUUUUUCUUAUCUUUUUUGUGAUGUUUGCCACCAUACUGAAUAGUUCUUACAGCAAUUACUCAGUCGCUGUGUUUUCUCCUGAGUUCAGGGGCUACUCCUUGUUCUAGUAGCCUGCAACAGAUAUAUGUAACUUAAGCUAGAGCAGCCAAAAUGUCUAGCUGGAAGUGUGAAACACAGGGCUGGAAAUAUGACUCCCAUUGCAUAGCAGCUUGAUCCAUUCCUGAGCUUUUAAUAUGGCACAUCUGAGCUUGUUACUUAUACAAUGUGGCUAAUCAAGCAUGUGGUAAAAUCUGGAAUGGGUGAAACUGCUAUGCAAAAUGAGGCUUAUUUUCAUUCUUGAAACAUUUAGUGAUCUGACACUUUGGAUUUGCUUUUAUUUUACUAUACUGUAUUAAACAUAUUUCUAUGGCAGACAACUAGAACUAGAACAGCUCCUGAAGUCAGUCACAACACCUUAACACAGACUUUAUAUAUAUAUAUACAAAAACAAAAAAAUUUGCGCACACACUGUAACUUAACCAGGAUAAGGCAACAUUAAAAGAGAAAAAACUUAAGAAAACAUCAUUUGAAAAUAUGUACUUUUUAUCUCUUCGAUCAGUUGGUUUUCCAGACUUUAUUUUCUUUUGUUUUAAUUAUUUGUAAUAGUUUUAUAUAAUUACAAAACAGAAAAUAAGAAAUGACAUUUAAUAUUCCAAACAAUAGAUAAAAUAGACUUCCCUUGACUGAGGAAGCCACUGUGCAGCAGGUAUUAGACCCUGAUUCACUUUGCUGUUCAUUAGGUGGGAUCUUUAUACCUGCUGCACAUGAAGUGGCAAAGUGUAAAAAAAAGGUUUGAAAAACUAAACAGUCUACAGAAAAGGGAAUUACUGUUCUGCUGUGUGACACAUGUAUAUACAUACACACACACCCUGUGUAUAUGCUACAGUGGACUUUGUUCUUGCACAUUACAGCCUCCAGGUGUCAGUAUUACACAGUGUAUGGAAACAGUUUCCUGUGAAUCUGUAGCAUUGAUGCUGUGUGAUGCAGUGACCAUGAAAGAGAAUUAAAUUAGUUUUUGUAUUGAUGGAACCUGAAAGGUGUGUUGUUGUUGUUUUUUUUUUUUUUUGUCUAUUUCAUUUGAUUUUUUUUUUUAACCUGCAUGGAGUGUCAAACCCACACCUUUUAAAUCCUAAUACAAUAUGCUGCACGUUAGCACAAAUGUACACAGGACAGAUUCCCUUCAUGAGAGUGCCCCCCUGUGGUAAAGUUUGAAAUGCUGUUUCUAGAUAACGAGAAUCAAAUGAAAUAUAGCAAAAUGACUUGGUUACAUCUUAUAAGAAAGUCAGAAUUUCCUACCUCGAUAAAUACAGUAUGAAAUAACCAUAUGAGCUUAAUACCUGCAGUAGAAGAACAAGCAGAUUGGAAUUUAUGACACAAGUAAGACACUUCUUUUUCCUGCCCCAUAUUUAUUAUACCAGUAGCAAAUCCUAACACUCUGCCCUGGCAAACAGUAACACCAUUAAAUAAAAUCAGUAUUGCAAUUAGAUAAAGCAGCUAGAUUUCACUGAAGCAUGUAUUAUGCAAACUCUUUUUGAAGAGGUAAUAAAGCACUGUGUGGGGAAGUAAUAGUUUCUCCAUUCAUCACAUUCUUGUUAAACAUUAUAUUUUAUGUACAGAUUUAUUUUCAAGCCUCUCAAGUUAAUUACAUCUUGCUACUGAUAAAGUGGAUGUGGUUACAGAAUUCAUUGUGAACAUCCUUGAUACCUUAGCAAAAGCCUGAAUUAAAUCAAAGUGUAUGGCUGUACUUUAUAAUGGCUAGAGCACCACCCUUGAUUGAAUCUAGGCGUAGUUCAAAGAGAUUGUAAAAGGUUAAAAAAGCUAAUUGUAUUACUAAUGAGAGUUGAGGAAAUGUUUUUUAAACUAUUGCAUUCUCCUUUUCGAAAGCACUAAUGCACUGUUAGUGUACGCUUUCACGGUCCUCUUGUAGUUAUGGAACAAUGCAAAGGAAGAAUCUAUUAAAUCUGAUAGAUCAUUCACAUUAUCUCCCCCUACAAAAUGACCUUAAUUGGUAGCUAGAUAUUAGUAAUUCAUUUAUUUUACGGUGUUCGGUGUGUGUGCGUGUGUGCUUCGGCUUCCUCCUUCAGAGCCUGGUAGAAAUAGCUAGGGAGACCGGUGUUGUUUGAAAGCUGCACAUAUAUAAACAUGUAUAAUAUAUAUAUGUUCUGUUUUCUAAGGUUUUGCACAUAUGGUAAAUAUAAGUUGUUUGUUGUCGAUGGACCACACUGCAUUGCUACUUCAAAAAAACUAACCAUUCACUGCUAAUCUAUAACUCUUUGGAGGUCCAAACCAAAUAACACAGGAUUCUUUUUUCAACUGAAUGUAUAACCAGACUGCAUAUGAUUCGUACACAUAUAUAAUUGCUGCAGUUAGCAAUAAAGAAUAAGUAGCUUUAAAUGUCACUUUAAUAUAUCUCUUUUUUCCAUUCCCUGUGUUAUUUUAUGGGGUGGGUAGUUAUUUUGAUUUUUCUCUGUAUCUACCUCUACCUGGCUUUGAUCUGCUUUCUCAUUAGUUUCAUUUCUGAAUGGAAAUUAGAGCGCUUUGCAAACCCAGACAGGAUGUUUGAUUUGCAUUGAAGUCUGUCCAGAACCUCUGUGAAAUCAGGAUGCAAAUUUAAAGACGCAGUCUCUCCUAAUCAGACUUAACUCUGAUUUAACAGCGGGAAGGAUAUUGAAUAAAUCUCAGGUGGUUUAGGUAUCUAUUCAUUACAUUUGGACUCUUACUGCAUUCUGUCACUAGAUCACUAGAUGGCAUUGUGGGCUAUGGACAAAUCCCAUUAUAAGCUAAAAAUAAACCUUUAAAGUUCCAUAACAAACAUUUAGACUAGAAGUGCUUCUGAACAUACCAGAAGACCUUUGGUUGAAAUGUUUAUUUUAGCAUUAAGUAUUUUAUAGUUUUAGCUAUAAAGAUGAAUUAUUAUUAUUAUUAUUAUUGUCUGCCAGAGCUGUGCUUGAUAGAGUCACUGUGUAAUUGUCCCGUACAAUUGUUGCUUGCCUUUCAUGAUUACUAAAACAACUUACAAAACAUU